AGUUUCAUGGAACAGGGUUUCGACCUCUUGGAAAGUCAUCAAUGAGGGCUUGUCUCCGACCGGAGGUGAUCCGUUGCAAGUCAAAUAAGCGACAGGAAUAUCGUUGUUUGUUGCUUCACUCUUGCCGAUACAGUCCGCCAUCCAGGCACCCCCACGCUUGUUUUCGGGACGAGAAUAAGGAUCCAAGAAGAAACUGGCAAUGUGCUUGUCUGUUUUGGAAUCGAAAAUUUUGAAAAAUCGAACGUCUUCGUUCCAAACUUCGGCUUCGCCAUCGGCUGCCUUGACAUCGACGUCAAAGAGACGAUUAAGCAAGCCAAACAUACCGUCCAAUACUGCGGGCAAAGCAAAGUAGGGUCUCAACUCUUCUUGGGUCAUGUCGAAUUUGGAUUCUUUCAGUCUCUCACUCCAGAAAGUUACAUCCCAAGGUUCCAACUUCUCAAGGUUUUCAGUGGAGUAUUCAUCUCCGCCUUUCUCCCUAGCCAAAGCAGUGACUUCCUCCAAUUCUUUUUUCGCGGCAGGAACAGCUUUGUCGGCCAUGAGAUUUGUUAGUUCAGUGACUUCGUCAACCGAUGAUGCCAUCUUCUUCGCGAGAGACAACUCAGCAUAAUUCGAAAACCCAAGCAAUUUUGCCAUUUCUUGCUUCAAGGUUAGGAUUUCGUAGAUCAAUGGAACGUUGUUCUUGCCAUCACUCUUCUCCGACGCUUUAGAAAUGUAAGCUUUGUAAACUUUUUCUCUGAUUCCACGAUCAGCAAGGUGUGACAUGGCAGGAAUGUAGCUAGGAAUGUCCAGCGUAAUCCUCCAUGGCCCCGAUUUUGUUGCGGCAUCGAGAUCGACCUCGGGAACAUCUUCCCCUUCCUUCGCUUCGGACUUGAUGAAUUGUGCGUGAGAAUUAGCCCACAACGCCUUCGCAGACUCAGGAACUCCCUCCAUAAUUGCGGGAUCUUCAACCGUAUAGCUGAAGGUCUUAGUAUCAUCCAAAACAUUGUUGGAAAAUUUGUUGGAAAGUUUUCCAAGCUGCAGCUUGAUUUCGUUAAAACGCUCCUUGUCGGCUCCCUCGAGUCCGACUCCACCCAACUUCAUCUCUAGGAGGGAGUUUUCGACGGCACGACGUUUUUGUUUCGACAAAAACGAGUCACAUUGGUCUCCGUCUUCGGCCCAUUGCUUUUCGAUGGCGGAGAGCGCAUCGUAUAAUGCCUUGCUUUGCGAAAAUUUGGUCAUAGAUUCGAUGACCUUGCCUUGGUUCGAUUCGUAUGCCUCUCGCAGUUCGUCUCCGUUCUUCACGCCAUUGAGAUGGCUGGCAAGUCCCCAUACAUAACCAAUUGGAUAUUGCAUGCGUUCGACUACAGGCAAAACCUCGUCGAAUUCAACUGCGCCAUCCUUCUUCGACAGAGUAUCUUCCAUUUCGACGAAAUCAUUUUCGAGCUUUUCCAACAACUCUUCCACGGCAGGAGUCAAGUGCUUGGGUUCGAUGGUUUCAAACUUCGGAAGACCGCUUUGUUCCAGCAUGGGGUUGGUCGCUACUGUUGACGACGCCAUUCUAAUUAAUGUACUGGAUGCAGCGGCAGCAACUUGGUUACGGUGCGAAAUAAUGUUGCGAGAAGUGAAAGCUAAAACUUGUCUACUACCUUGCGAGAUCAUCAAAAACGAUGCAAUGUUGGCACCAAAUUUCAUUUUUCGUGUGGUUGUGACUUAAACUAUCGGAGUUGUCGAUGAGGCUCUUCGAGGAUCCUUUUUGGUUGUGCUUUUUGGGUGUUUUGUUUUGUGACUUUUUCCCGAGUUCUCUUCUCUCGAGCUCUGCACCGUACCAAGUAGAUUCGGCUACCUGGUCCCGUACGUACCGUUCGUUGAAAGUGCUGUAGACGAUUCGUAGUGCAGUACCCAAAGUACGAGAACGAGUACGUACUUGUACGAUUACUACUAAGUGACGUGUAGCCUGAAUCAUCCAUGGAUCCUGAAUGAAUGAAUCAUUCUCAUCAUCCAACACAUUCCUGGUUAGUACCUUCCUACCUUCCAAGUUUAAGUAUGGUACGUUCAGGACGUACGUACCUGCCGUACAGACUAUAUGCCUAAUUGGUUGAAAGACCCAGCAGCAGCAACAGAAAUCCUACCAUACUUAGCCUGAAAGAAAUUCUCUCUGAUAAAUAGUACAGUAGAACAGCAAGAAUGAGCUCAUUUCCAUGAUUAGUGCAGUCAUGAGAAGGAACAAUGUCCCUGCUUCCUACUACUGGUAGUAGUAGUAGUAGUACUGCUGCAAUCAAUCCAAAAGAAGAAGAAGAGUGUCGAAUUUUAGUUGAUGUGUGAGUUCUGAUUUGUGUGGGUUGAAUGCUGUGUUGGUCGUCAUCACUACAAAGAAAGUGCAUCCAUGAUUCUUUUUCUGGGGGUGCUUUUGGGAUUGCCGAUAGCACAGACACACCAAGAAGGAAUAUUCUGCUUUUUAAGAUUUUAGAAUAACGGGAAGCGUCCAGUGUCUAGGAAGACUAUGCCACCCGUACCACGAACCAAUUUGAUUUUGUUGGUCGACCAGAGCCUAUUCUACUGAACGAUGCUCGCAUUGCUCCUACCUGGUGAUAUGGAAUGAAGUAAGCAAAUCCGAUCUCGGUCUGACGAAAAUCUCGUGCUACAGCAGUCAGUACAAUAAUAUCGUAUUAUUUAAUCGCACCUCGUAGAAUGCCUCCGGUGUCUCUGCGUGCGUGCGCGACGAGAGCCGGGACAGCAGAAGCAACGGCUCCUGCAUCCACGCAAACGGUGUGGUCCCGUCGCGUUGGCUCGCCUUGCCUUGCCUCGCCUCGGUGUGGUUGGCCGCCGACAGCUUUUUCUUUUCCCGUGCUCAGGAGAACGUGUUGGCGACGGCGUUUGCGGUCGAUGCCACCAUGAGGGGGACAAACACCCAGAGGAGGAGCCAGCACAGGGCACGGGAGAGCCGCCCGCCACCCCCCUCCGCGCCCGGCCUGCCGGUGACGACGAGGUACGUCCCGGCCGGAAUGAGGUAGGACAGGAGGAUGCUGAGGCUCGACCCCAGCAGGUCCCAGACGACGUCGAUCGAGGACACGACGCUCGCCAGGGUGGCGGCGGACCAGAAGAUGGCGACCGAGGUGCACAGCAGGACCGCGGCCGAGGCGGACGAGAGGUCGUGCGAAAGGCCGCCGUCGCUGGCGGCCGUGCUUUCGCUGGUCUCGCCGCCCGGUUCCGGGUCGGGGUCCUCCAGGAGGGGUUCCCGGAGUUCUUCGUCCACGGUCCCCCCCACGGCUUGUGGGAUCGAGCGCAGCCGCGGGAGGAUCAGCGAUCGCACCACGAUGUCGCGGCCCGGGAUGACGAGCAUCGGGAACGCCAGGGUAAUGGUGACGGCCAGGCACAUGCGGCCCACCAUGAGGAGCGGGUCGUUUUCGUCGAAAUCCAGGAGAAUGUCUGUUGCAUCGGGGGUUCGAGGUGCGUUACAGAACAAAACGAGAAAGCGGGGGAGAGUGAGUGUGUGUGUGUGUGUGAGAGAGAGAGAGAGAGUGAGUGUGUGAGUGGAUGGAUCGGAGCCUCCAAGGCGUGCGGGCGCGAUUGCAACAAGGCGGGCAAACCCAUGCAAGGCUCCGGGUUGGUCCAGCGGAGAGGUUGAUUCAUCUCGUGCGACACCAUGCUUUGCGACACCAUGCUUUGCGACACCAUGCUUUGCGAUUCCAUGCUUUGCCGUGCGACGCGCUGAAAUGCGUUCCCCUGCGACGCCCGCUACUUACUUCCCGAAAUGGUGCCCGUGGGCGUGCACGGGGCAUAGGCCGAUCCCGCAAAGCCCAUGACCAUGUACAGGGCCACCGCGAACCAGGUCGUCGAUCGGAGCCACCAGCCGACGCGGGCCGGGGACGGAUCCUCCAGCUCGUUGUGGACGGGCAGUAUGUUGUAGUGGCAGACGAAACAGGAGAUGAAGAGCGGGAGGGCGUCCAGGAGGUCCCGCCAGGACUCGGGGAAGAGCGCGAGGUUUGCGUACCACGGGUCGCCCCCGCUGGUGCCGCAGUUGCACUGGACGCUGCGAAAGACGACGCAGCUUCCCAGGAUCAGCAGCGAGAGCAUGGACGCCAGGCCGCAGUCCUUGAGUGCCGUCAGCCGGCGGAGCGUGCAAAAGGGCGUCACCAGCAGGACGAUCGCGAACAUGGUCAGGUUGCGCCCCAGCCAACCCCCCGACAGCCCCAGCCGCGGGGCAAUGGCGUGGUUCAGGGGCUCCAUCAUGUCCCGGAGGAGGACGGCGUACCCCACGGUCCCGAAGAAGCACAUGAGGACCACCAGGCCCAUCGAGAAGACAUAGGCCCUGGUUCCAAAGGCCUCGCUGGUGAUCGACUCGAAGGUAUCCCGCCCGGGCCUCGUGGGGUGGGGCCUGCCCUUGUGCACGGCGGUCGCCACCAGCGUCUUGAAGCAAAACUCCGUGACGACCCCGGUCAGGAGCAGCAUCAGCGGGCCCACCAGAAGGUUGCCCGAUUGCUGAAAGGCCAUGGGCAGCGAGAGGCACCCUCCCCCCACCAUCGUCGACAGUAUGUUGAAGCGGGCCGAGGAGAUCGUUCCGAUGCGAACGUCGUCGCUCUCGCCGCUGACCGGCUCGGGGGGAUCCGCGGUGGGGGCGUCGGCCUCCUCGUGCGAGGCGGCGUGAACGGCACCCCCUCCGUUCGGAAUUACGGCAUCGCCUCCUUCUGCGGCAUCGUUGUGGACGGCCGGGGCUUCCGUCAUGGUUCUGUUGUGUUUUGGUGUGUCUUGCGGUUUCUUGGGGUAUUGUUUGCUGGUUGGUUCGUUUGUUGGUUCGCUCGUUCGUUGGUUCCUUCGUUUGCUCCCUGGCUGAGAAGCUUUGUCUUCGUGAGAAUUUUGAUUUGACACUCGAGUGUUUUUCCUAUUUCGGUUGAUUGAUUUUCAUCGGUAUUUUUUUCAAUAAUUUGCGCGUUGGGUGGGUUGAUUGAAUUUGGAACGCAUCGGUGAGAAAAAAGAAUCGAAGCGAGGGCGGCCCCCCAUUGGUUCUCUUCUCUCUUCGUACCGGUACCGGCCGGUACGUACUCUAACACGAGUACGAGUACAAGUACAUACGUGUAGUACGAGUACUGCUGCCGCUGCUGGCUGGGAAAUGGAAGGUGAAUGAAAUGACCCCGACUAACUACGAGCACGAGUGCGUACGAUUGAAAGUACUCGAAUCCCGUUCAGCAAUCUACGGGUUCGAACAGUUCCGCGAGCGAGUCACAAAUUCCGAGCGUAGAGAAUAAAUCAAUCAAACGUUCGCACAGUGACGUUCGGUACGGUAAAGCACUCUCCCGGUACUGCACCUUACGAUGCCUACCGUACCUCGUCGUACCUGUACCUUACGACAAUAACGUAGUCUCUUACGGCAGACAUCACUAGAUUGAGUCGACUGGGUCGAAUUGAACGUUGAGACACGCCGAUCGUCACAGGAGAAUCUUUUCUAUUCUUUUUUACAGCAUCUAACGGUACUACUCGUGCGUCAGCUAGUACCAAGUACCUGAGUUGCGUAUCUUACCUACCGUGAGGCAGACGGCAGGGCACCUAGGAGCGAACGUCUCAAAAAGCAUUCUUUUUUGGUACUACCCGUACGUAUGUACCGGUAUGGCUUGUGCGAAUACUGUCUUCGAAGGUUUUGAUAGAUUUUUACUACAUUGCUUAUUGCUUAUUUACUUCUUGUAGCAGUCCAGUACUGUACGGUAGUACAGUAUUCAUCUCAGUAAAUGCUAAUAGUAGUAGUACUAUUUCCUUUAGGUGUUUCCCAUCGGACUCGUCCCUCUUUGACAACCCAUUCGUACGAACUGGCGCUGUUGCACCGGUCCAUUCACCGCUCCUAGGAUUCUCGAAUAAAGACAAAGAAAUUCUCGUCGACGUCGCGGGUGAUUCGCAGCGUGUCGUCGACGUAAAAGGUCGUCAUGGGAAUCACCGGGGUGGUCCCCUGCACCGUGUUGUAAAAGUCGCCCACCGGGAGCUCCAUCUGCAGGUUGUCCACGAACUGGUCAAACAGCGGGAUGUUGGAUCCCUUCACCCUGGUGUUUUGGAUCCGCAGCUCCCACCGCUUGUCCGAAACGACGUCCAGAGAUGCGGUGGACACCACCGUGCCCUGUAUCGAGAAGGGAAGCCCUGGCAGCAUGCCGACCUCCAGGUCGACUGCCCCGUAGACAAGCAAGGACGAAUGAGAUUGUGUGGCGCAAAAGAGAAAACCGGUGUGAGCAGGAUUCCGUACGUGGUCGGAGCGCCAAAACACAGAGGCAGACGGACGAUAUUCGAACCCCGCGGUGAUUCCGGGAGGGAACGAGAGCCUGUCAUUGACUAGUGGCGAGUUUCACAAUGCGGGGCGGUUUUGAGUGUUGGGACCAUCCGGGCCCACCGGACUCGGCUCCUGCACCCGUCGGUAGAAUCCUCGCUGCACCCUCAACUACAACCCAAUGCAAAAAGACUCCAUCCACACCACAAACGACACACACGCACCUUCGCUCGUCAGCGUUUCGGACGUGAUGCUCUGUCGGACCCGGCCCACCCGCGAUCCCGACGUGGCCUGCGCGUGGAGGGCAAAGCCGUUCUCGGCAACGUCCUUGUUCUCCUCUCCCACGGCGACCCGGAUGGCCUGAAAAAAAGGGCUCGACCGAAAGAGCUGCGUGCUCGAGUAGCCCAGGUCCCAUUCCCCGCCGCAAUUGGCCGCCGGGUCCUUGGUGGGGUUCAGGGCCUCCAGCUGGGCCACAAGAUCGAUCACGAUGUCCUUUUCUUCCCGGGAGCAGUAGGCCCCCCGGUCCGUGACGCUCGCCAGGAGCAGGAGUUCCUGCUUGAGGGCGGCGCGGAUGGCCACGUCCUCCUCCCGCUCGUCCACCGCGACCUGCUUGAACUCGGAGGGGAGAUCGCUCGAGUCGUAGUCCGAGGGCGAGCCGUCGUCCGCGUAGUCGUACCGAACGACGGGAGACCGGGGGGGCACCGAGCGGCAGCGGGCAACGAGCGACGGAGCGAGCGUGAACCCCGUUGCCGAGGUUCCCGCCAGUAGCAGCAGCAGGCAGGCGCGGGGCACGAACGGACGC